AUGGCGACCUCCUCGACCCCCGUCCCCGUCCAGGACCUUAAGGAGUGGCACACUCCCGCCUCCCGCACCGAGGUCAUCCACGAGCUCAUCCACGGCGUCGACCGGUAUAACCCUUCCAACCUCGGCUUCAUGGAGGACUACCUCACCCAGCAGGUCCAGAACGGAGAGUACGACCUCCUCGCCAACCUCGCCAUCCUCAAGCUGUACCAGUUCAACCCGCAGCUCUCGAACCCGGACGUGAUCCUGAACAUCCUGAUCAAGUCUCUCUCCUCGACGGUCCACGGACCGGACUUCAACCUGUGCCUUUCCCUUCUGCGCGAGCCGAGCGCGAUCCUCUCGGAUAUUGACUCGGAGGACGAGACGUUCCUGCAGACGAUGCCGUUCCUGCAGCAGCUGCACGACCUCGUGCGGACGUGCCAGUUCACCAAGUUCUGGACGCUGUUCAACUCGUCGUCGGACGCCGCGCGCAUCCUCCGCGAGAACCCGAGCUACUUCCCCGCGCACAAGGGGCUCGAGGAGAAGUUCCGGUACGAGUUUGCUUCUAGCAUUGCUGCCUCCUUCCGUAACGUCAAGGUCGCCCAGCUGCAGCGCUGGCUCAACCUGAAGGACGCCGAGGUCAAGCAGUGGGCGGAGAGCCACGGAUGGACGAUCAACGGCGACAUCGCCGCCAUCCCGGGUAACGGUGACAACGACGUCAAGGCUGGCGUCGUCAAGGAGAAGGUCGAGCUGAACCAGCUCACCAAGCUUAUUUCCGCUGCGGCGUUCUAG